AUGAUAAGAUCUGUGCUCAGCCUGGCGUUACACCCCGAGCGCUCCCUGGUGGCAACCGGUCAGGUGGGGAAAGAUCCCUAUGUGUGUGUGUGGGACUCCUUCACCGCGCAGACGGUCUCUCUGCUCCGUGACGGACACACACACGGCAUUGCUUGCCUGGCAUUCAGCUCUGACGGACAGCGAUUAGCCUCAGUCGGCCUGGAUGCCAAGAACACCGUGUGUAUCUGGGAGUGGAAGAGAGGGAAGAUCCUGGCCACAGCAGCUGGACACUCAGACAGGAUCUUCGACAUCUGCUGGGAUCCGUUUCAGCAGAACCGUCUGGUGAGCUGUGGAGUCAAACACAUCAAGUUCUGGUCUUUAUGUGGGAACGCUCUCACCCCAAAGCGAGGGAUUUUUGGAAAAACAGGCGACCUGCAGACGAUCCUUUGUGUUGCAUCUGCUAAAGAUGACACCACCUACUCUGGAGCACUUAACGGAGACAUUUAUGUGUGGAAGGGACUCAACCUGGUACGAACAGUUCAGGCAGCACAUGGGGCUGGCAUCUUCAGCAUGUAUGCCUGUGAGGAAGGUUUUGCUACAGGAGGCAGAGACGGCUGUGUCCGACUGUGGGACGUCGACUUCAAGCCGAUCACUAAGAUUGACCUACGAGAGGCCGAGCAAGGAUACAAAGGUCUGUCUAUUCGCAGCGUCUGCUGGCGAGCUGAUCGUAUCCUGGCAGGAACGCAGGACAGCGAGAUCUUUGAGGUGAUGGUGAGGGAUCGGGACAAGCCACUGCUCAUCAUGCAAGGACACAGCGAGGGUGAACUCUGGUCACUGGACGUUCACCCAAAAAAACCUCUAGCUGUCACCGGCAGCGACGACCGCUCAGUCAGGUUGUGGAGUCUUGUGGAUCACGCCCUCAUUGCUCGAUGUAACAUGGAGGAGGCAGUGCGGAGUGUGGCGUUCAGUGUGGACGGAUACCAACUGGCUCUGGGCAUGAAGGACGGAUCCUUCACUGUGCUGAGAGUCAGAGACAUGACGGAGGUCGUGCACAUCAAAGACAGGAAGGAGGUCAUCCAUGAGAUGAAGUUCUCUCCAGACGGAGCGUACCUCUCUGUUGGCUCCAACGAUGGGCUGGUUGACAUCUACGCUGUUGCCCAGAGAUUCAAGAAGGUGGGAGAGUGUAGUAAUUCCACCAGUUUCAUCACACACCUGGACUGGUCUCUGGACAGCAAAAUCCUGCAGACCAACGACGGAGCUGGAGAGCGUCUCUUCUACCGAAUGCCCAUGGGGAAGCCGGUCAGUAAAGAGGAGGUCAAAGGUCUGUGCUGGGCGUCCUGGAGUUGCGUCCUGGGGUCAGAGGUCAGCGGCAUCUGGCCGAAGUACUCCAAUCUGACAGAUAUCAACGCUGUGGAUGCCAAUCACACUGCAGCCGUCCUUGUUACAGGAGACGACCUCGGCCUUGUUAAACUCUAUAGAUUCCCCUGUCUGAAGAAAGGAGCCAAAUUCAAGAAGUACAUAGGUCACUCAGCCCAUGUGACCAAUGUCCGCUGGUCACAUGACUUGCAGUGGGUGCUGACCACAGGUGGAGCUGACCAUGCCCUUUUCCAGUGGAGGUUCCUGCCAGAGUCAGUGAUGAACGGAGGACUUGAUGUCAACAUACAAGACAGCCAUGGAGACUCCAACAGCGAGGAGUCAGACAGUGACGUGUCAGAUGUCCCGGAGCUCGACUCAGACAUUGAACAGGAAACUCAAAUCAACUAUGAGCGACAGGUGUACAAGGAGGACCUGCCUCAGCUGAGACAGCAGAGCAGAGAAAAGAAACUGCAGGUCGGGUCUUUGAAGAGACAGAGAGGACCAGACCAAGGCCUCCGGCUGCAGUUUGUGCAUGGAUACCGAGGUUACGACUGCAGGAACAACCUGUUCUACACUCAGGGGGGUGAGGUGUUGUACCAUGUGGCGGCAGUAGGCGUCGUCUACAACCGGCAGCUGCACAGUCAGCGUUUCUACCUUGGCCACGACGAUGACAUCCUGAGCCUCAGCAUCCAUCCACUGAAGGACUUUGCUGCUACUGGACAGGUGGGGAGGGACCCAGCCAUCCAUGUGUGGGACAUCCAGACUCUGAAAUGUCUCUCUUUGCUCAAAGGUUUCCACCAAAGAGGAGUGUGUGCCUUGGACUUCUCAGCUGAUGGAAAGAGUCUGGUCUCAGUGGGAGUCGAUGAUGGACAUACAAUCAUAGUCUGGGACUGGAAGAGAGGAGAGAAGCUCGCUAUUGCCAGGGGUCACAAAGAGAAGAUUUUCGUGGUGAAGUGUAACCCCAUGCUGACGGACAAACUAGUCACAGUGGGAAUCAAACAUAUUCUUUUCUGGCAGCAUUCAGGUGGCGGUCUCACUUUUAGGCGUGGUGCAUUCAGGAACAUCAGCCGUCCAGAGACUAUGAUGUCUUUGUGUUACGGCCGCAGUGAGGGGCUGGUGUUCACAGGGGCCACUACAGGAGACGUUUACAUCUGGAAGGAACCGCUGCUGAUGAAAACAGUCAAAGCUCACGAUGGGCCUGUGUUUGCCAUGUUCUCCCUUGACAAGGGCUUUGUGACAGGCGGCAAGGACGGCGUGGUGGAGCUGUGGGACGACAUGUUUGACCGCUGUCUGAAGACAUACGCCAUCAAGAGAGCAGCUCUGUCCCCAGGCUCAAAAGGCCUGCUUCUGGAGGACAACCCCUCCAUCAGAGCCAUCACUCUUGGUCACGGUCACAUCCUGGUGGGAACCAAAAACGGAGAAGUCCUGGAGAUCGACAAGACUGGACCCAUGACUCUGCUGGUGCAGGGUCACAUGGAGGGUGAGGUUUGGGGUCUGGCUCCUCACCCCCUGCUCCCCAUCUGUGCCACCGUCAGCGACGAUAAAACGCUGCGACUGUGGGAGACAUCAGCUAAUCAUCGCAUGGUGGCCGUCCGCAAGCUGAAGAGAGGUGGUCGCUGUUGUGCCUUCUCUCCCGACGGGAAGGCAUUGGCGGUGGGUCUAAGUGAUGGCGGUGUGCUUGUGGUAAACGCAGACACACUGGAGGAUCUGCUGAGCUUCCACCAUCGCCGGGACGCCAUCUCAGAUGUCCGCUUCACCCCUGACUCAGGUAAAUUCCUGGCGGUGGCGUCACAUGACAGCUUUGUGGAUCUCUACAACGUGCUGAGCAGUAAGAGAGUGGGCAUCUGUAAAGGAGCGUCAAGUUACAUCACACACAUUGACUGGGAUAACAGAGGUAAACUGCUGCAGGUGAACACAGGAGCCAAAGAGCAGCUUUUCUUUGAAGCACCAAGAGGAAGAAGACAAACCAUCAGGAACUCUGAGUUGGAGAGGAUCCCUUGGUCGAGCUGGACGUGUGUUCUGGGCUCAAGCUGUGAGGGAAUCUGGCCGACAUACAGCGACAUCACCGACAUCAACGCUGCUUCUUUAACCAGAGACAGAACACUCCUCGCAACCGGAGACGACUUUGGCUUCCUCAAACUGUUCAGCUACCCUGUUAGAGGUCAGUAUGCUCGUUUUAAACGUUAUGUGGGCCACAGCGCGCAGGUGACCAAUGUCCGCUGGGCUCAGGAUGACUCCACCCUGCUGACAGUGGGCGGGGCCGACACCGCCCUGAUGAUCUGGGCCAGGGAGAGAGGAGGCGUGGUCAUCGGAGAGGGGGAUGGGCCUUUGUUCCGUGACAACAGACCACCUGUAGAUAGCGAGGAGUCAGACGAUGAUAUCGAGGAGGACGGAGGCUAUGACAGUGAUGUGGCUCGGGAGAAGGUGGUUGAAUACACCACUAAGAUGUACACAGUCAGCCUGAGGGAAAUGAGAGGGACCAAACCACACCAACAGCUCAAGGAGCUGUCAGCUGAGGAGAGACCUCCGGUGAGCCGAGCAGCGCCACAGCCAGAGAAACUCCAGAAGAACAAUGUCUCCAAGAAGAAGAGAAUGGUGGAGGAACUGGUUUUGGAUCACGUGUUUGGCUUUCGAGGCUAUGAUUGUCGUAACAACCUGCACUACCUCAACGACGGCACGGACAUCGUCUACCACACUGCUGCCACUGCCAUCGUCCACAGUCUAAGCACUGGAACUCAGAGCUUCUACCUGGAGCACACUGAUGACAUCCUUUCUUUGACCGUCAAUCAGCACCCCAAAUACAAAAACAUCAUCGCCACGGGACAGAUCGGUGACGUCAGUGAACUUCCAGGCACCACUCCAUCCAUUCACGUGUGGGAUGCGAUGAGUAAAGAGACUCUGUCCAUCCUUCGCUGUCCUCACACUAAAGGAGUCGGCUACGUCAACUUCAGCGCUACGGGGAAGCUGCUGCUGUCUGUCGGAGUGGAACCUGAACACACCAUCACUGUGUGGCGCUGGCAGGAAGGAUCCAAGGUUUGCAGUAGAGCCGGACAUCCAGACCGGAUCUUUGUGGUGGAGUUUCGUCCAGACUCAGACUCUCAGUUUGUGUCGGUGGGAAUCAAACACGUGAAGUUCUGGACGCUGGCAGGGGGAGCUCUGAUGUAUAAGAAGGGUGUGGUUGGAUCGGUGGAGGGUGGCAGGAUGCAGACGAUGCUGUCUGUCGCCUUCGGUGCUAACAAUUUGACAUUCACUGGAGCCAUUAACGGAGACGUGUACGUGUGGCGUGAUCACUACCUGCUCAGGGUGGUGGCGAAGGCUCACACCGGGCCAGUCUUCACCAUGUACACCACUCUGAGAGACGGUCUCAUUGUCACCGGCGGCAAAGAGAGGCCGACUAAAGAGGGCGGUGCAGUGAAGCUCUGGGAUCAGGAGAUGAAACGCUGUCGAGCGUUCCAGCUGGAAACAGGACAGCAGGUGGAGUGUGUCCGCUCCGUCUGCAGAGGAAAGGGUAAGAUCCUGGUGGGGACAAAAGACGGGGAGAUCAUUGAGGUCGGGGAGAAGAAUGCUGCGUCCAACCUGCUGCUGGACAGUCAUGCUCGGGGAGGAAUCUGGGGUCUGGCUGCUCAUCCUGCUAAAGAGCUCUGCAUCACUGCCAGCGACGACUCCACCAUCAGACUGUGGGACCUCACAGACAAGAAACUGUUGAAUAAGGUGUGUGUCGGAAACGCAGCCCGAUGUGUGAGCUACAGCGCAGACGGAGAGAUGCUCGCAGUGGGGAUGAAAAAUGGAGAAUUCCUCCUCCUCCUCGCCAACUCACUGAAGAUGUGGGCGAAGAAACGAGACCGCAGUGUUGCCAUACAGGACAUCAGGUUCAGUCCUGAUCGGCGUCUGUUGGCGGUGGGAUCUGCAGAGAACACAGUGGAUGUUUAUGAUGUCAGUGGAGGACCAUGUCUGAACCGGCUGGCUUACUGCAGCGAUAUCCCCGCUUUCAUCCUGCAGCUGGACUUCUCUGCUGACAGUCGUUAUAUACAGGUGUCCUCUGGAACCUAUCAGAGGCAGGUAUUUGAGGUUCCUUCGGGGAAGUUAAUUAACGACCAGAUCAUCAUCGACAGAAUCACCUGGGCAACCUGGACGAGCAUCUUGGGAGAUGAAGUUUUAGGGAUUUGGCCCAGAAAUGCAGACAAAGCUGAAGUCAACUGUGCAAGUGUGUCUCACGCCGGCAUGAACAUCGUUACUGGUGACGACUUCGGAUUGAUCAAACUGUUUGACUUCCCCUGCACAGAGAAGUUUGCCAAACACAAGCGCUACCUCGGCCACUCAGCUCACGUGACAAACAUCCGCUUCUCCCAUGAAGACAAAUACGUGGUCAGCACAGGAGGAGACGACUGCAGUGUGUUUGUGUGGAGAUGCCUGUAAACCACCAUCCAGUGACGCUUUCAUCCAGAGCGCCUUAACAGCACCACAAGUGGAUCCAGAGGGAAUCGAACUCAUGACCUGAACAUCUUGCACCACUUUGAAGGAGUUCAGGAGCUGGAGAUGGAAGAAGUACAAAGCUACAAAAGGAAGCCGACUUCACUGAUGACACAAAAUGUUUACAGUCUGUCCUCGGAGAGACCCGACAGAGAACUAAAAACCCCUCAGACGCUUCAUGACGGAUCACAUGAAGAGAACAUGAGACUGAUUUUACAGCUGGGAUGAAGAGGAGAGAGGUUUAUGUUUCUGGUUCAUUUUGAUUUACAAAAGCCAAACGUCUUUAAAACAACACAACAGCAGACAGCAGUGAUGGGACAACGGAGGAGGAAGAACUUGGUUUAAAGCUGCUCUGAUCCAGCUGCUGAUAGAAAUCAUAGAUCACGUCUCUGUGCAGGGAUCAGUGGUAAAACAAAAGCUGCUUUAUUAAAAAGACCAUAUGCAGUUUAAUGUCGACACAAACGUCCUGGAGUUGGUCUGCAACUGAGAAAUGAAAACUUGACACCUGAUUUAAAAUCAUUCCUCAUUUCAGAAAGCCUUUACUGAAGCUGUCGUUAGAUUUCAUCACACUUAAGUGCCUUUCUAGAAACCUGUGUUUGUUUCAUACAUCUUUUUUUAUUUAACCCAUCGUUCAACUUAAUUUUGUACUCUGUCUGGUGCUACACUGAGAAUGUUCCAACUUUGAUUCAUCCAGAAUGAACUAAAGGAAAACAUUUUAUUGGCUGCUGCUUUUUGUUAAAUGAUGUAAAACAUCCAAAGCAUCAUGAUCGUAAAACAACACAGGACAAGAAAAGAAGAAGAACUUUAGAAGAGAGUUAUUUAUAGAAAUACUUCAAUGUUAUUUAUGCCUACUCUAGCGUGUGGAGGAGUUUUCUGUGUGUGAACUGUUAGAUAUUAACUUUUACUGUUGUAAAAAGUGUCAGAGUCUUUGUGUGUGAAGAUUUACAGAAGAAAAAGUUUCAGGUUACACACCUGACAUGUUGACUCAUUCACCAUCUACACACUGAAUUCUCUAUGGUUAAAGGUGCCUGAAGUGGUCUGAAAGAAAACUGGGACUGUUUUUGAAACCGCCAGCAGUAUGUACGGAUUUGGCCAAAAUUCAGUAUGUAGUAAGCAGUAUGUGAACAAGAGCAAAAUCUGCAGUAUGCCAAAA